GGAUUUAUUUAUUUUCUCUAUCAUCAUUAUUUUCCCUCACUUUUUUUUUCUUUUUCUUUCUUUCUUUCUCUUUUUUUUUCUUGUUCUUCUUUAGUUGAUUUAUUUUAAUUAAAAAGAAAGUAUUAUGCUUGCUACUAGUAGUAGUACUACUCAUCUUGAUCCAACUAAUAAUCAUCAACGAUACCAACAACGACAUCCAUUUUAUUAUCAACAACAAAAGAAAAUAGCUUCAUCAUCAAGUAUUUCAACACCUUCAACUUAUAACCUAUUCAAUUCAUUACCAUUAUUUACAACAAAAAAUAUUACAUCAGAUUGGGAUAUUCAUCAUCAUCAUAAUAAAGAUGAUCUUGUUGUUCCUACUAAUCAGGGUUUAAUCACUGAUUUUGGUUCAUCAAGUACUCAUUCACCUAAAGAAGAAUUUUAUGAUGAUUAUUAUUUAAAACCCAGAGAUAUAUUAGAUACUGAUACUAUGAAAUAUCAAUUAAAAGAUGCUAUGGAAAUUAUUCAAUCUUUAAAUCAAAAAGUACAUUUACUUACUGAAGAUUUACAACAGAAACAACAUACCAUUAAUAGUUUACAAUCUACUAUUACUAUCAAAGAUUUGGAAAUUCAGGAGCAAUCUAGACGACUUGCAAAGUUAAUCAAUGACAAUGCGGAGCUCAAAUAUAAACAGAAAAUUUUAACCCAAGAAUUUGAUACUAUUCCAAAUCGUAUAACAAACACUGUCUUGGUAGAAAAAGGUGUUUCUGAACAAACAAACAAAUGGCAACGUUGGAAUGAUGAUAAACCUGAAUAUAAGCGUCAUAUGGAAAAGAAUAGUAAUACUGACUGGGAUACAUUGGUGAAUAGGAUUCUAAAAUCCACUGAUCAACAAGCAUCUAUCUAUUUACAGCAAAGACUCAAAACAUGUACUUUGGAUCAAAAACAAGAUAUUUUUAAAGCAGUGCAUCGUGAAGCUUACGCCUUGAUGACCAACCGGUUUGGGAAUUUUUUGGUGCAACGUCUUUUCGAAUUAGGAACUCCUGAACAAAUUCAUGCACUAGCUCAAUCCAUGGUAGGACAUGUUAUCACUUUGACUUGUGAACCCUUUGGUUGUCAUGUCGUUCAAAAGGCUUUGGAUUCUGUGGAUGAAAAUAUGAAGGCUAAACUUGUGACUGAAUUAUUUGAACGUAUUCCUGAUACCAUUGUUCACAAAUCAGCAUGUCAUGUUUGGCAAAAAGUAUUUGAAAUUCGAUGGACUCAUCAUCAUAUGCCUGUGAUGAAUGUGGUUUACCAAGCUUUGAAAAAUAAAUGGCAUCAAGUGGCUAUGGAUGAAACUGGUAGUCUUGUUAUACAAAAUAUAUUUGAAAAUUUGCCUGAAUCUGACAAGAGACCGGUGUUGGAUGAAAUCUUAGCAAAUAUGUUCACUAUUGCCCGUGGCCAAUGGGGAAAUUGGGUGAUACAGCAUAUAUUGGAACAAGCCGAAGACUCUGAAGAUCGAGAAAAAGCAUUCAAUAUGGUGCUAGAACGUGGUAUACAACUUUCAAUGGAUCAAUUCGCUUCAAAAGUAGUGGAAAAGGCUCUUAGUAUUGGUGGUCCUGAUUAUAUGGCAAAAUUUAUUCAUCAUAUAUCAACCGAAAGUCGUUCUCACCGACCAAGGAUUGCUCUCAUAGAUAUCGCAUCCGAUCAAUAUGGAAACUACGUUGUACAAUGGAUCAUCAAUAAUGCCAAAGAAAAUCAUAAAUUGGAUGUAUGUCGUUUGAUCAAGCGUCACAUGGUGUCAUUACGUGGAUCGAAAUAUGGCCAACGUGUAGCUUUUCUUGUAGACAAGGCUUUGAAACAUUAUGAAAUAACAACGUAUCCUAUACGUGAAUGAUCGU